AAAAUGCGGUUAUGAUGCAGAUUGAACUUUUUUAAUUCAGCAUGUGCUGUUAUCUGAUCUCAGCUGAGUUUAUAUAAUUCUGUACGAGCUGCUGUCUGAUGUCAGAUGAGUUGAGGAGGGUAUCAGCACAGCCAAGCCUGCAUCCGAGGCGUUUUCACAUCAACAUGGAUGGAAACUAGGCCUCUGAUCGCUUUCCGCGGUGGGUUAUCGGUAUUUACCCCCGGUUCAGUACAGCCUGGUCGGAAUAUAAUGGAAAGCAGUCCUUUUCUCUGUCAGAGAACAGUGUUAUUAACAUCAUGUGUCAGCGAGCUCCAGCAGCACUAGUCUGAUGAGGAGGAGGAGGAUGAUGGGAAGCUAUCUGCUAACGCAAGGAUGCUUUUACUGCAAAUAAACCUCUAACUCAUCCGUGCUCUCGAUUUUACCUCUUCUAACGGAACGCCGCUCAAUUUUCACGAUCAAUUUGCAACCCUUUUAGCCUCGAAGAGGAUAUUUUAUAAAGACUUGCAGAAAUUUUUACUUAGCUUCGCUAGCUAAGCAGCUGUUGGCUUGACUUGUCAGUGGAUAUUUGGAGCAAACGGGAGGAUUUACAGCAAAAUAGCACCCGAAUCAGACCGGUGAUGAGUGUAAAUGAGACAUCUGGAGUCCGGAGGGAAUGAAUUCAGUGAACAGAUUAAACGACAUGUUUUAUUAAAGGAAAUGAAUGGUCCGUAAAUAAACGCGUGUUACUGAAUGUGUUUAGAUGAUAAGGUGGCCGCAACCCAAUAAACAUUUCCUAAAAACCUACUCGUCGGCCAAAAAUACAAUUUAACCACGCAACAAAUAAAAUCUAAACUACUGAAAACAUAAAUCAAGCAUCACUGAAAUGGCUGAAGAGGCGUUUCCUUUACAUUAUCUGGUGUGGGACAACCAGUUUCUAGAAUUGGACCGAGAGCUCCAGAAAAAACAGCAUGACAUGGAGCGGCUGGAUCCGCGCGGGCGCACGCCGCUCGAGCUUUCCGUGUGUCUCGGGCAUCUGGAGUCCACGCGCGUGCUUCUGAGACACAGCGCGGAUCCCACACACAGCAACACACAGGGCUGGACAGUUUUGCAGGAGGCAGUGAGCACCGGAGACCCUGAGCUGGUGCAGCUGAUCCUUCAGUACAGAGAUUUCAGAAGAGCCACAGAGAGACUGUCUGGUAUUCCUGAGCUGCUGAGCAAACUGAGACAGGCACGUGAUUUCUACGUGGAGAUGAAAUGGGAAUUUACUAGUUGGGUUCCUCUAGUGUCGAAAGUUUGUCCAAGUGAUGUGUAUCGUGUAUGGAAAAGCGGUUCGUGUUUGAGGGUCGACACCACUUUAUUGGGCUUUGAGCACAUGACUUGGCUUAAGGGCCGACGCAGUUACAUCUUUAAAGGAGGAGAGAGUGGGGCCAUGGUGAUGGAGGUGGACCACGAGAAACAGGUGGUGUAUACAGAACCGCUGUCUCUGUCUCCACGGGACGCUCCAUCUCUACUCGCAGCUAUGCUACCCUCGCAGGAGAGCACGGCCCAGAGACUCACUUCUCCUAUAGUGUCCACUCAUCUCAACACACGCAACAUUGCCUUCGAGAGAAAUAAGUCUGGGAUUUGGGGAUGGCGCUCUGAGAAGACAGAGGUUGUUAGUGGAUAUGAAGCAAAGGUUUACAGUGCCAGUAAUGUGGAGUUAGUGACACGUUCUCGGACCGAACACCUUUCUGAUCAGGACAAGUCUAGGAGUAAAGGAUGUAGAACUCCUCUACAGUCGUUCCUUGGUAUUGCUGAGCAGCACAUCUCUAGUACUGGGAGUCAGGUUUCUCAGUGCGCUAGUCCCCAUAACCCAACAGCUAUCACAGCGGAGGAGUACUUUGAUGCAGAGUUUAAUCUGAAUGGCAGAGAUAUUGGGCGGCCUAUUGAGCUCACCAGCAAAGUGCAGAGGUUUAAGGCCACACUGUGGUUGAGUGAAGCUCAUCCACUAUCACUGGCUGAGCAGGUUACGCCCAUCAUUGACCUCAUGGCCAUAUCUAACGCCCACUUUGCCAAGCUGCGUGACUUCAUCACCCUACGCCUGCCACCUGGCUUUCCAGUAAAGAUUGAAAUUCCUCUCUUCCACGUGUUGAAUGCUCGAGUGACAUUCAGCAAUCUGUGUGGCUGUGAUGAACCGGUCAGUUCUGUUACAGUACAGUCUCCUCAAGGAGCCACCGAGGCUGGUCAGACGCCUCCCCCUCUGCAGUGUGAAAUCGACCCGUCUGUGUUUGAGCCUCCCCCAGAAUACACCACACUUGGACCAGGCCGCAGCGAACCAAUGAGGGAUGAGGAUGAUAAUUUACUCCAGUUCGCCAUACAGCAGAGUCUGCUGGACGCGGGGACAGAGAGUGACCAGGUGACCAUAUGGGAGGCUCUCACUAACACUCGUCCAGUCUCUCAGCCUCCGCUUUAUGAGGAGGACUCUCAGCUUGAGAGGGCGAUUCAGGAAUCUCUGUCUCUGUCGCUGGCUGGAGGAGAGAGUGUGGAGUCCGAUGCUGGAGAGCAGUUAUCCCUGUCUGAUCCCGCACUCAUGUCACCUCCGUCUUACAGCUCACUGAGCGAGCCUCGUGCGCCGGGUGCGAUUGCUGUGGCCACCAGUUUUGAUGAACAGCUACGCAUCGCGAUGGAGCUCUCCUGCAGAGAACAGGAGGAGUUAGACAGGAAGAGGAGGGAAGAGGAGGAAGAGCUGGAGAGGAUACUACAGCUGUCUCUCACAGAGAAGUAACUGUAGCCCUGCUUGAUGUGGGUUUAACAGAGUCAUUAUUGGUUGUGGUUUUUUGUUUUUCUGCUGUGUUAAAUUAUUCUUCUUCUAGAUUCAUCGCUCUUUAUUUCCUUUCCAAAGUAAUAAAUGGAAUAUAAAGAGGAAUCGGAGAGAGUGUGUGUGCCAGGACUGAAACGAUUCAUUAAAUCAAAGAGCACGGCAUGAAAAUGUUCCACUGUCUUUUGAGUGAUAAAAGGUCAACUUUAACUUCAUUGUAUAAUGAUGCAGAUGAAAAUGUGAAUAUAAAUUAUGAACAUUGAUGACUAUGAUAAUGCAUAAAGGUAAAGUACUGAAAAUACUAUUGCAUAAAAUAAUGAGUUUACUUAUGGUGGAUAACAUGAAAGUAUAAGUAUUAAAUGUUGCUCAAACACUUUCACAACAAUGCUCUCUGUUAUGAUGUUUUUGUGUGCAUGUGGAAGCAAGCAUCUAACACACAGACAGCAGACAAAGAAAACAUAUUAUUAUGAUGUAAAGGGAUUCAAAUAGCCUUUGCCUUCAGAAAAGCUGCUCUUCACACAGACAAUGCAUGUAUGUGAUUUAGCUGCAGAGAUCCUUCAUAAUGCAGUGUUUCUAUUAUUAUUCUUGUAUACCACUUUCAUUUUGUUAUAUAAGACAACUGAAUCAUACAUCUGCAACAAAUCGAAAGGUAUUCUCCACUAGCUCAUUGGUUCUCAAUCAGUUGGGAAGGUUACUUUGGAAAUGUAAUAAGUUACAGUUAUGUAUCAUGUAAUAGGUGACUUCAAUUUGAUUACUUUUCUAAAUUUCUAAUGCUUUCAACUGAUAUUUUUCAAACAUGUAAACCAGGAAGGGUUAACCUUACACUAUCAACACUGAUCACCGUCAGACUUUCAAAAUCCUUCUUCACUUGAAUUAAGAUUAUAAUAAUUUAAUUUUAAUGCACAGCCACCAGAAAAUAAGACUUACUUUGAGAUCAUUCUGAGGUUGAAUACAGAUUUUAAAUCAUAACAAGGAAUAGUUUAGUAGCUAUGAUGCUGUUUUUGAAAUCAAAUCUUUGCAUAGCUUUGACAGGAAAACACUGCCAUCUAAUACUGCCUUGGAAAAAAGUUCAUCUUGAAGAAAUAAAGCAUAUACAUAAACCCAGAUAGGAAAUAAAACAGUUAUUGAAUCAUAUGUGUCCUAUUCUGUGUCUUAAACUCAUGAAACAUUGGUGUCUCAUAUUUUAGAGCAGUCAAUGCAAUUCAUGAAAGAAAUCAGAUGUAUCCCCCUUUGUAAUCGAUGUUAACCUUUUCUAUACUGUGACUGGUUAGUUACAUUUAUUUUGUAAUUAGAUUACAUUAUUUAUUUACAUGUUACUAGUUACUUCCCAAAACUGAUUAUGGAGACCAAAUCUUAUUAUAAUAAUAAUUAUUAUUAUUUUUUUGGUCCCCAUGAGUUUAGAAAUCUUACAGAAUGAAGUGUUUUGAAAAUCUUAAAAUGCAGAAAGUUUCCUGUGAUAUAAUAGUUUGUACAGUAGAGAAAUCAGUACGCCUAUGGAAUGUCCCCAUGAUUAUGAGAAUAUGUGUGUGUAUGUUUGUGGACAUUUAAACUGAAAAUGUAUUUUCUCCCCUCAAAUAACUUGUUUUCAUUGAAGAACUUUCUGAAUUGAAUCCUGAAUCUUGAAUCCUCUGGAAUCGUCCAUAAAAUCUUGUUUUAAUUAUUUAACAUUAUUCAACAUGUAAA